UGGUCUGCGGGGCUCCAGGCAGAAGUGUCCUGACUGCGCAGGCGCCACGAGGGCAGUCGCCAUGGAGACGCGUGGCCCUAGCCUGACCGUCCGAACGCAGAGCCGCCCACUCGUUGGCAGCUGGUCUCAGGAGUCCCCCGGGCGGGUCGCAGCCCCGAGCGGGCUGAUGGACCGCCGCGGUGGGGCAGGGGCGUCGGGGUAUGAAGACGGAGAGGAUGACGAUGGCGAGGAGGCGGAGCAGGAGGGCGGCGCUGCGGGACCCCGGGGGUCUAGACUGCCCCCCAUCACAGGUGGUGCCUCCGAGCUGGCCAAACGGAAGGUGAAGAAGAAGAAAAAGAGGAAGAAGAAGACCAAAGGUUCUGGCAAGGGGGACGACAAACAUCAGAGCCAGAGCCCGAAGAGCCGGCCGCCCUCCCCGUCCUUUCACGAAACCUUAAGUCCCGGCGAAGACCGAGGCGGGAGACCAGAGCACAGACAGAGCAAGCUGGACAGCAGGCACCUGCCUUCCGACUCCUCCACCGUCAGCCUCCCCGACUUCGCCCAAGUAGCGGAGACCCUUUCGAACCGGCUCAACGAGAGUCUGCGCUGGGACGGAAUUCUUGCCGACCCGGAGGCGGAGAAAGAGAGGAUUCGCAUCUAUAAGCUCAACAGGAGAAAGCGCUACCGGUGCCUGGCCAAGGGCUUCCACUCCAACCCCAACGCCGAGGAGACCCCCGACACCCUGCCCCACCUCUCCGACAGAGACGGCAGCUCCGGCGGCCCGCGGCCCGCGCUGAAAGGCGAGCCCCCAAGCUCCACCUCGAAGGAAACGUUUCCGCACAGCUUCUACACUCUGUUCAGCUCCCACUCUGCUGCAGUCAAAUUCCACCCCCGACCCUGACAAGCUUGCCAUUUCUCCUUACCACAAGUUUAUACGUAAAGAAGUCAUCCCAGGAGGAAGAGAGACCUGUAUCUGACGGAAGCCGACGUUUGGCGUGUGGAUGAGGCCGACUCUCCCGUCACCUAGAUGCCCUCGGGGGCCCAGGGAAGCCGCCGUUCCUUGAGAACAAAAGCAACUUAGUGAACAGAGUCCUUUCCAGAAUUCCCUUUUUCUUAAAUAAGCUGACAUCUGUUGUUUAAUUCCUCACCACGGCUGGAUGUCUAUCAGCUGUCCCAAAAAAGACAAGAAAGUGUGUAGACCAUUUACAUCUUAAGUCUCAAACGCGCGUGAAACUCCUCACACGGCGCCUGCUUCCGUAGGCCCAGGACAAUGCCCUGAAUCUCUUGGAGCCUUUUUCUGUUUUAAUUAAACACACGGCCUGGCUUUA